AUGGCAGCAACUAUGGCAUCAACAACAAUGGCAGUCCUAAAUGCCAACUGCUUAUUGAAGAAACCAGCAAAGCAACAGCCCAUUUCCCUUCUCUCAAUCCAGAACAACCUUCCCAAAGGCCUCAUCUCAUCAAAAGCAUCUUCUUCUUCCCAAGAUUCAAUCUUUCUGUCAAAAUCCCUUGUUGCUGGUGCAAUCUUCUCAACUUUGAGCUCAUGUGAUGCAGCCUUUGCAGCCCAGCAAAUUGCUGAAUUAGCAGAAGGAGAUAACAGAGGACUUGCACUUCUCUUGCCAAUCAUUCCAGCCAUAGCUUGGGUGCUAUUCAACAUCCUGCAACCAGCACUGAACCAGAUUAACAAAAUGAGGAGCACAAGAGGGAUAAUCAUAGGCCUUGCUGGGCUUGGUGGAAUGGCUGCCCUGAUGCAUCCACCUCAGGCAUCAGCCUCAAGUGGUGAACUUGCUGCCAUAGCUGAAGCAGCUGCAAAUGACAACAGGGGUACACUAUUGCUGUUAGUCAUUGCUCCUGCUAUUGGUUGGGUGCUGUUCAACAUUCUACAGCCUGCUCUGAACCAGAUCAACAGGAUGAGAUCUUAG